AUGCUUUUCGGAACUACCAGGCUCUCCUAUUCAUCCCCCUCCCCCCUCCUCUCCCCCCCAGACCUGAACUACUGCGGCCGCUACCCGUGCCACAACGGGGGCACGUGCGAGAACACGGCGCCUGACCAGUACCACUGCACGUGCCCGGAGGGAUUCUCGGGGCUCAACUGCGAGGUGGUGGAGGACCCCUGCGCCCCGGGCCCCUGUCUCCACGGCGGCACGUGCAGGGAGAUAAACGGGGGCUUCCAGUGCACGUGCGCCCCGGGAUGGACAGGCGACACGUGUCAGAGCAACGUAAACGAAUGUGAGACGGAGCCCUGUGAACACGGCGGAACUUGCAUCGACGAAGUGAACGGAUUUUCCUGCAAUUGCACGCCAGGCUGGGAGGGAAACACGUGUCAGUUCGACUCGGACGAGUGCCAGGGCCGGCCGUGCAUCAACGCCAAGGCGUGCCGCAACCUGGAGGGCGACUACGAGUGCGAGUGCCGCCGGGGCUGGAAGGGCAAGAACUGCGACACCAACAUCAACGACUGCAGCGGACAGUGCCUCAACGGCGGCACCUGCAUCGACCUCGUGGACGACUACCACUGCGCCUGCUCCAAAGGAUUCACGGGCCAGAACUGCGAGACGGACGUGGACGAGUGCGCCAGCAACCCGUGCCGCAACGGGGGCGAGUGCGUGGACCAGGAGGCCUACUACCGCUGCAUCUGCCCCGUCGGCUACUCGGGCGCGCAGUGCGAGAUCGACAUCGACCUCUGCAACCCGAAUCCGUGCGACAACGAGGCCCCGUGCAUCAACACCCAGAACGGCUACUACUGCCACUGCCCUGAGCAAUGGGGGGGCAAGAACUGUUCCCAGCAGCGGCCGGCCUGUACGCAGCCCCCGUGCCAAGUUGUGGACAGCUGCCUCGUGCCCGAUACCCGCGAACCCGGACCCGUCAAGCUCGUGCCCUCCAACAUCUGCGGCAGACACGGCCGCUGCGUCAGCCACGCCGACGGAAACUUUUCCUGCAUGUGCGACCCGGGAUUUACCGGACAGUAUUGCCACAUCAACGUGAACGACUGCGCGUCCUCUCCCUGCGCGAACGGCGGGACCUGCGUGGACCUCGUCAACGGGUUCCAGUGCGUGUGCGACCAGGGUUGGGAGGGAACCAUCUGCGACCGCGACACGGACGAGUGCGCCGAUCAGCCGUGCCGGAACAACGCCACGUGCGUCGACAGCAAAGUGGACUUCACGUGCACGUGCCCGGAGGGGUGGAAAGGGCGCACGUGCUCGUCCACCACGUCCCACUGCGACGCCUCCACGUGCCAGAACGGCGGGGUAUGCGCCGACCUGGGCACGACCUUCGUGUGCCGCUGCCCCGAGGGCUGGAAGGGCACCACGUGUCAGAUUGCUGAGCACCGCGCCUGCGACUCGUCCCCGUGCAAGAACGGCGCCACGUGCGUCAACACGGGCGACGGCUUCACGUGCCUGUGCCAGGACGGCUGGGACGGCACCACGUGCCAGAACAACAUCAACGAGUGCGCCACGUACCCGUGCUACAACGGCGGCCGCUGCCUCGACGGCAUCAACACGCGCGUGUGCAAGUGCGCCCCGGGCUUCGCCGGCCCCGACUGCCGCAUCAACGUCGACGAGUGCGCGUCGUCGCCCUGUGCCUUCGGCAGCACCUGCAGGGACGGCCCCGGCUACUUCCGCUGCGUGUGCCCGCCGGGGCGCACGGGCCACCGUUGCGACCGCGUCGAGCUCGCCAACGACACGGGCGUCGACGCGCCCAAGCCGUGCUUCUGGGACGGCGAGCUGCGGCAGCACGGCGCCGUGUGGACACACCAGUGCAACUCCUGCCACUGCAGCCACGGCACCGCCUCCUGCUCCGGCGUCUGGUGCGGCCCCGAGAACUGCCUGCGCUCGCGCGACCCCGCGCACUACCCGUGCAAGCCCGUGCAGGUGUGCGUGCCGGGGCCUCCCGAGUGGUGCCUGGCGGGCGCGUGCGAGCCGUGGGGCGAGUGCCGCGACCUGAGUCACGACGAGCAGAAGGUGGCGCCGCCCUACAACCCGGGCCCCGAGGACUGCCAGCCCAACCGCGCCACGCUCAACAACGCCUGCGCGCGCCUCACGCUCGUGCUGGACCGCACGCGCCUGCACGUGGGCGCCCGCGUGCAGACCAUGUGCCGCGGCCUGCGCGCGGCCUGGGCAGGGCGCCACGGCCACACCGCCGCGCCCUCGCCCGUCAUCCUGUGCGGCCUCGUCGCCGGAACCAACGACACGGUCGAGGUCACGCUGUCGUAUCCUACAGGAGGUCCUCACGGUGACGUCACGGUCGCGGCGAAGACCCUCGGCGAGCUGGUCAGCAAGAGGCUCACCACCGUCAGCGCCCUCACCGCCGUCGUCGAGGUCAAGGUGGAGACGACGGUCGUCAGCGGCGAGAACCCAGGUAUCGCCAACGGGGUCUUGGCGGCCGUGACGGUGGUGCUGGUGGUGCUGGUGGUCCUGGCGGUGGCGGCGCUGGGCUACUGGCAGUGCCGGCGGCGCCACCUGCAGGCGCACCACCGCAACGCCUUCCCGUCGCACUCCUCGCGCCACAAGCUCGCCGAGGACACCCACGUCGAGAAGUCCAACAACGAGAACGAGGAGAAGCUGUGGCGCUACCACAACCCCCUCAAGACCUCGUCCUUCUGCGGCGGCCCCGGCGACGAGGCGGGGCCCUCCUGCUCGCGCGUUACCCCGCAGGGCCCCGGCGACCCGCGGGUGGCGCCCCUGGGCUCGCCCGUGGGCCUCAUUCAGGUGCCGAAGGCCAGCCUGGCCACGCCCGAGACGGACCUGAGCGACUGCGAGUCCCCGACGCACGGCCUGCCGGCGGCCAUGCGCAAGGUGCAGAACGCCGACGUGGAGCGCAACAUCACCCCGCACGACCCGGCCUGCAAGAGCAUACAGAAGGAGAUCAACCUGAAGGCCAUCUCGCCGAGGGCGGCGGAGGCGGACCACAUGACGAGCGAGGUGGUCGUAUAGCAGAAGGACUUCGGUCCUCCCUCCUGCAGGACCCCAAGCAUGACGUGGGAGGGCGUGCUCGUGUGCGUGCCCGCGGCCCGCCCCUCGCGCCUGCCAUGUUCCCAAGUGCCUAAGCCACGAGUGUGUUCACGCGGGGAUUUCCCCUUCUGACGACGCCCCAAGGGGAGCUUCGAGCUCCUCCCGCCCGAGUGACGAUUGUGCCUCCCCCCCCCCCCCCCCUCCCCGUAAAGUGAUGGCGCGGUGGCGUCGAAGCGGUCAGAGACUGCGGACGUUUUAGUGGUGACGACGCGACCCUGGUGCGUGCGACGCUCGCUUGCGGCUAAGAAACCUCGUGACGACUUCUUGUACAGUGCCUCAUGGACCUUACACUGCUGUGACGCGGCCUCGGGGCCUCCGCCUCGAGCGCCCGCGUCACAGCACCCACUCAUAACCUCAUGACCGUCUUCGUGACGACGACGUCUCCGGUGCUCCUGCGACCGUCCUCGAACCGUUUCCAGAACUCUUCACGAACGCCCGCUGGGGUCACAGCGAAGGCCAGUGACUCCGCCGGCGUUGAUGACAGGCGCUUGGUGACCCUAGAAUGAAUCGUGGGAUACAAGUGGUAUCCAAAACUGUCAAGUCGUGAAGACCUUUUUUUCGUAAACGUUUUGCGGAUCCUCGUGACCAAUGUCCAAGCAACUCAUCUUGGAUCUUAUGAGGCUCUCUCGAAUGUUCAGGUAUGAUGUAUUUUAUAUCCAAAGGCUUUUUGAACGUUCACUCCGAUGCAGGCGGCCGAGCGCGGAGUGAGGCAGCCCCAACGGGCUUCACUUCCGCGGCCGCGAACACCCACUGACGACGCAUAUCCUCCUCAAUCUCCUGGGACGUUCUUCGACUAUGCAUAUCCCUCAUUAGCUCGAGAAUUCACAGAUAAGGCAUAUCCAGUACCUCCAAGCACUCCUUAGACAGAAUGGUGCAUACCUGGUGCUUCCACGGACGUUCGUUGCUCGAAGAAAAAGGAAGAACGUGCAUCCAACGGCCCCGCUGACGAUCCAGCAAUCCGGUGUUUCUACGAACGUUCGCGCAGGACUUAGACAGAAUGCUCUACGUUUAACGAACGUUCAGUAACGAUGCAUAUCUGGCUAUCUGCUGUCCGGUAUCGCUUACUGGCGGUCCAUGUCUGUCUCCGGUACCUCAACCAACGACCAAUUUGAUGCUGUGUUUUGUCGACCCGCCAUUUUCCGGAGCGUUCGCCGAUGGCGCGGAUCCGGGUCUCUCGUCACGGCCCAUUCAGUAUCCGUAUCUCAGUGUUUACUGUAAUGUAUUCAGCCUCCGGUACUUAUAUAAGAGCGCUUGUUUGUGUGUUAUAUGCGGCAUCAGCUAUCAUCACAGUGUUCUCCGUUGACGAACGCGGUAUCCAGCGUCAGUAAAGAGCGAAAAAGUGAAUCCGCGGUGGACUGGAUAUCCGCUCACCCUUACGCGAACGCAAUGUAUAACUUUACUAUUUACUGCAUAUUCUCAGUGUAAAACGGAAGAAAAGAUUGUGGAAUACACACCUGUUUUUAAACUCCUCUCUACCCCCCCCCCCCCCUUCAAAAAAAUGGAUGAUGUGUUUAUAGAGAAAGAGAUAAAUAGUUUUUAUGUGACGUAGACUUUUAAAAAGGGAAUCAGAUUAUUUUGUACUAGAGUUGAGGAGAGGCCCGAGUCUCUCCUCGGAGAAUCUGCCUUAAGGAGUCAACACAUUUCUUCUUUUAAGCCCCGACUUGUAUAUUUAUCUUUUUUUUUUUUUUAUAUAUGUAUCUCCUUUUUUCUCACUUUUUUAGCGGAACCAGUAGUUAUGUUUGUUUUUUUGUGUUUUAUUUUUCAGUCGUUGUUCAUUUUCAUUUCCUGCGGCCAUGUUGCUUGUGAGAGCUUGUAUACUGCCUUAUAUAUGAGCGCUUCUGUAUAAAAGAUAAUUAUGGCCCCGGUGUUUAUAUAACUGUAUAGAUUGUAGCAGAUUUUUAUAGUCCACAGGGCAGCGGAAGGUCAUGAUCUCUAUAUGAUGACAAAGUUCAUUGUGUGUUUUUUUUCGAAUUGAUUUCUAUGUUGAUCAAUUUCUUUUGCGGGUUUUCUUUGGUGAUUGACGUCACUGUUAUGACGUCAUGGGCAGGUUGUGACGUAAGGCGGUGGAAAGAGUUUUCAAUGUUGAGAUCAAUUCUUUUCUCUAUAUGUGAAUGUCGAUUUCAUUAAAAAAAUAUAUAUAUAAUAAGAAUAAAAAUGGACUGAAAUACCAAAUGUCAGAAUGUUAUCUGAUGAAUUCUUACGUCACGACUUCGCUGAGGCCUCGCAGUCUAAAUCUAUUUUUCUGAUAAUACUCACACUUGUUUCUGUUGCAUCCCUCAGCUCUCAAACUUCUACAAUACCUGAUAUCGAUGUAGAAAGCUGUGAUAUUUUUGUACAUUUGUAUUCAGUGUUGUGCAAUGUAUAUAUGUAAGUAUUUAUUGAUGUUAAAACCUUAGCAUCAUUGACGCCAUUAUGAUUAUGAUUCCGCAUCUGGCCGCUAGGGGGGCGUGAGGAUCGGUGGGUUCAGGGAGGACUAAAAGAUUUUUUUUUUUUAUCAACUUGGAAAAUAAAAUAUAUAUAUAUAAAUACAUAAAUCUCGUGACAAGACUUUUUUCUAAUGUUCUCUAAUAGGGAAGAGAAAAGUAGAUAAUCCCCCACACACAAAAUAUAGAAAACAAAAGAAAAAAAAUAUAAAACACCAACUUUCAGGCAAGCUAAGUGAAAGAAAACGGGAAGUGUCCGUUUUCUCUCUUGAGGAUAAAAAGGAAAAAAGAGAGACAAUUCCUCGAUAAAUAAGAAAAAGAAAGAAAAAUAGACAAAAAGGGAGAACGAGAGAAAGGAAGAACAUACAUAAGAGAGUAAAAUAAGACUCAAAUCCGCCAUGAAAGGGCUGUGAUAUUGUCGAAAAUACCAGGAUGUAUAAGGGGCCACGAUGACACGGUUGCCGAUUGCUCCUUUUUCUCAUGAAACUUUUUUUCUUUCGCAGUCUGUCUGUCUGCUUUUGAUAUUUUUUUUUUCUUUGUUCCGUUUUUUUUUUCUCUAAUGAUCUAACAGGCGACACACAUCUGUACAAAACGAGAGGAAGAAGGAGAUUAACGUGUAUAUUUUUGGUAUUUUCGAGCGAGAUUUAAAGCAUGCCUUGUUGGGAAACAUCUCGAAAAGACAAUAAAGAUUUAUUCGGUUAAA